UAUAGUAUCUACUAAAUGUGGAGCAUUUAUUUUGUUACUUAUCAAAGAUAGCUGUGAUUGAUUUCACGGAUUCGUAUUAGUAUAUAAAACCAAUUUAAAGAAAGUAUUUCGCUUUUUUGUCAUAUUAAAGUAAAAUCUACGUCUAAAAAAAUAUUGUCUUAUUAUGUAUUAAAAUUCAAUUAGGUUCUUUAAAGAAUUCCACAGAAUUGGCUAAUUAAAAAAAUUACGAUAAAGACUGUUUAUAUUUGUUACAUAAUCAUCAAUAUCUGUUAACUAAUUUCUAUGAUUUAUACGUGAUUAAAUAUAUUGCUGGAUUGUUUGAAUCUGAUAGUGUAGAAAUAUGUAUUCGUACUAAUUCAUUACAAACAUCAUUAAUUCUUUUGACUAUACUCAAUAUGAUGGAUUGUAUCGAAUUGUAAUUGUAAUGCUUUUGCAUUACAUGUGAAUCAGUAUUUCAUUAGAAAAUAGCUUCUGAUUGGUAUCCUAUAUUUUUCUACAGACAAUCUAUCGCUAUUCUUGAACACAAUCUCAGAACUGCUAAUGUGAUCUCAAUAAACCAAUGGUUUCCUAUCGUUAACGUUCAUGAAUUUCUUCCAUAGAUAUGCCAAAUUUCGUUGAUUAGUUCGACAAUUUUGAACGUAGUAUUUCUGUUCUUUACGUGUAUGUGUCCUAAAUGAAUUAUUUAGAUGAUACAAGUACUCAGUAUUUGCGUAAUAUAUCCAUAGAGUAUAUGUGGAAAAAUAAUGCAUGUAAAUGUUAAUAAAUGUUAUACAUAAUUUACGCAAUUGUCAAUUUAAUUUGUUCCAUUAGCAAUUAGAUUCUUCGUUUCUAUUCUAUAAUAAUAUAGCCUAUAUAUAUGUGCACCUCCUUUCCUGUUCAUGGACCAACAAACAAUAUUCAAACUCGAAAUCUGCUAUCUAUUGUUUUCUUUAUAAAAGGAAAUUAUAAAGCCACUAAAGUGUAAAUUUAAAUCUAGUAAUUUCGCUUGACGAGACUAGAAUAAAUUACCCUAGUGAAAGUCUAGUACACGACAGGAGCGCCAUUGGGAGUCAUCGAUUUAAAUUGUUUAGAACCGACCCUAACCUACAAAUAUGGAGACACGAACAUCAAAAAUUUCUACAAAAAUUUCUCAUCUAUGAAACUACUCUGUGGUGGCGUCAUUGUAGAAUAUGAAUUUAAAAGAGUGACAGUUGAUCACGUCCAAUCCUGCCUCGUGAAUGAAAUUUAUUUAGUUUGUAUUUUUAAAAGUUUAUGUACCUAGUAAAUACAAGAAUAGUCCAACAAUUUCAUUCAAAGUUAUUCGAUUAAUCUGUGAGUUUCUUUUAACACGCGUACAAACAAAAUACAAAAAUGGCCGAAUUGUCUAUAUGGGAACCAACAUUGGAAGAAACUAUGGUAAAACUUCGAAGUACAUUAGGCCUGUUAUACCAAAUAUGGGAAGAGAUAGGAUUUACAAAAGAAACCCGUUCCAUGUAUUGUGAACAGGUAUUUUGUCACAUAAAUGACCUCUUACAAGAAAUGGUUUCAGAAUCACAACUGAAAAAAGAAACAAUAUUAAGCAAUGUUACUCAAUUAAUGGAUCAAAUUUCUUCUACAAGUAAGGAAUUAGGAAGAGAGGUACAAACGACUGGAUAUGAAAAUUAUUCAUUGAAAGACCUAGAGCAAGUGCUAUCUUCAGAUUUACAAAAGUUGCAACAUUGUAAAGAUCAGCGCAUGACACUUUUAAGGGAAUUGCGUGAAAAGGAACAAUCUCUUUGUCGAGUACUUGGUACUCAACCAAUUAAUCUAAAGGAUAGUUUACCAUCUGAAGAGGAACUGGAGAGUUUCAAACUAUAUCUGGAAAAGCAGGAAGGCGAGAAGAAUCGUCUAGAAUCAGUUUUUAAGGAAAUGCGUAGAACGAUCAUCAAAAUGAUGGAUGACCUGGGCAUUUCUCCAUCCACAAAUUUUGAACAUUUUAUAUACACAGAUAGUGAAAACUUUGUUUGCAAUAACAUUAAUAUGACCAAGUUGAGAGAACUUAGAGAUGAUCUUAAACAUCAGGUAGAUAAGGCAAAGGUACAUGUAGAGGAUCUUAAACAAGAGCUACAUGAAAUAUGGAAAUACCUUGAUGAACCAGAACGUAUUUGUCAAUCCUUUCUUACUAGUUAUGUUGGAUACAGUGUUGCAACUAGAAAUGCAUUACAAGAAGAAUUAGCAAGAUGUAAAGAAAAAAGAAAGCAAAAUAUUGCAAAAUAUGUGUCACAAGUAAGAGAUCAAUUGGUGAAUUUAUGGGAUUUAUGUAAAUUCAGCGAAGAGCAAAGAAAACAAUUCCAAUAUUUUCAUUGUCAGACAUACACAGAAGAUUUACUGACAUUACACGAGCUUGAAGUAAAAAGAGUACAGGAAUUUUAUGAGAAUUACAAGGCUAUAUUUGAACUCUUAGAAGAACGUGACAACUUGUGGACAAAAAUGAAGGAACUGUUGCAACGUGCAAAUGAUCCAGAUCGUUUCUACAAUCGUGGUGGUCAGUUAUUAAUGGAAGAGAAAGAACGUAAGACAAUUCAAAAACAAUUACCAAAAAUAGAAGAGCAACUGAAGAAUUUAAUAAAAGAGUAUGAAGAAAUACAUGGGGAAGAAUUUACUAUAAAUGGAGUAACAAUAGAGGAAUUGUUAAAAGAGUCAUAUGAUCAUUUGAAUAAAGAAAAAGAAACAAUAAAAAAGGCUAGGAAAGAGCCAAAAGACAAAUCAGUGAAAAAAAUAACUUUAAGUGCUUCUAGGAGACUCACACCCAAUUCAUCAAAGAAAACACCAGGUAUAUUAAGUAAUCGUCGACAUACACCACUGAGUAUAUCAAAGAGAAAGUUGUUGUUCACUCCAUCUCCAAAUACAUCAGCAAAACGUAGGAAUCUCAGCAGUGUUACUGGAUCUAAAUUGAGGAGGAGUGCAAAAGUUACAAGAAAAAUCUUACAGUCUGGAAAAAAAAUAAUUAAAAAUAAGCAAGAUGAAGAAAAUUCUAUGUCGCAAAAUUCUGCAGGUACAGAUACAACAUAUAAUCAAUUCAAAGAACAUUUAGAAGAUAAAGGAGAAUUACGAAGCUCUUUAUUACCAGAACAAGUACUAACAAAUGCAACUAAAUCAAGAAUGAAGACACCGGUACGAACUCCGGCUAAACCAAUGCGAAAAAAUUUACCAUCCAAGUUAACACCUACAACUCCCAAAAUGAUGCAGUCACAAUUAGUUAAAUCACCUCGCAGUCCUAGGCUUGUACAAUCAUCAAAACUUGCUCCAGUAUCAACACCUUUACCUAUCAUUUUUUAAAAUAGUUCUAACAAAAAUCCUUGCAAGUAAUUCAAAUUUUAAUUCAUAUAACAUGAUUUCUAAAUAUUUUAAGUUUAAAACCAAUAAUUAUUUUUUAUAUAUUUUAAAGUUAAGGACUUUAGGGAAAUAUUACUUAAUUAAUAUAGGUUAUGUGUCACGUAUGUGUAAUAGAUACUUACAUGUGUAUAAUUGGCAGGGUAAUACUCUUUUAUGUUAUUUCUUUGAAUGUAUAAUGCUAAUUUGUUAAUGCGUCUUUCAUGUUUUAUUAUUUAAAUGCAAUCUUUUGUAUAUGUGUGUAUUCACUACAAAUUAUAAAACAAAUUAUUAUUGUAUACAUGAAAUAGUGAAUUUACAAAGUUGGAUUGUAAAUAAAAUUUCAGUUCUGAA